UACGAAACAAUUCGAUUUUAUUGAAACCACGAGUUUGAAGGUCCUUACUCUUAAAUGGCGCCAGCAAGAUCAAAAAGAAAAGUUGGUGAAAAAGUUGCGAAAGGGGCUAAAGUUUCCAAAAAAGAUGAUCCUAAGGAUGAACCUGAGUUAGAACAAGAAGAAGCCAAACCAACUGAAGAUAAAAAAGAAGUUACAGAAGUGCUACCUGUACAAGAAGAAGAGAAGGCAUCUACUAAAGAGAAAAAAUCAACUAAAAAUACUGUUAAUGAAGAAAAAAAAAAAGAUGUUAAUGAAAACGAAAAAAGAUAUUGGUUAUUAAAAUCAGAGCCUGAAACUCGUUUACACAAUGGAGUUGAUAUAAAGUUUGGAAUUGAGGAUUUAAAAAGCAAGCCAGACCAAACAAGUGUAUGGGAUGGUGUAAGAAACCACCAAUCUCGGAACUUCUUGAGAGAUGAAAUAAAAGUUGGAGAUCAAGCUUUUUUUUAUCACAGCAAUUGCAAACAACCUGGCAUUGUUGGUAUAGUCGAUAUUGUUAAAUCUGGUUAUCCUGAUGCAACUCAAUUUGACAGUAAAGGUAACUUCUACGACCCAAAAUCAAGUGAAGACAAUCCAAAAUGGUUCUCAGUUGAUGUCAAGUUCAAUCGCAUGUUAAAAAGAUAUAUACCACUUCCAGAGUUAAAAGAUCUUUAUCUUCAACACAAAAAAAAUAAAGAAGGAGCACUUAAGUUAUUUGGGUUAAUAACAAAACCUAGAUUAUCUGUCCUCCCAGUUACUAAAGAAGAGUUUGAUUUUAUACUGACACUUGAAGAGAAGUAAAUUAUAACUUAUUGUUUAGAAAAAGUAUGAAAAUAUAACUUCCCUCUUUAUGUAAAUAAAUUUUAAAGUCUUUCACUCAACGUUAUGUUAGUGCUAGUGAACAAGCCAUGUGUAAUAAUUUAUGCCAAAAGAAUUCUAAUACUGCUGUUUUA